UCGAAGUCUUGCUGUGCCAAUUACUUAUUCCCAUACAUACAUUCAAACAUUCGGUCAUCUCUCGUUGCCAUCCGUUCAGCUUCAAAGAAAAAGGGGUCGAUUGUUUCCGAGUCUUACUUUUAAUCCUUCCUCACGAUGGCUUUUUUCGCCAAGGAUCCCCGAACGAGCAUGAUGCUGGGUGGCGGCCAGAGGACCACCGGUGCUGAUGUCCGACAAGAAAACGUUACCGCCGUCAUGUCCGUUGCCCACGUACUCAAAUCGAGUUUAGGACCUGUUGGACUCGACAAAAUGAUGGUCGACGAUAUCGGUGACAUGACCAUCACCAAUGAUGGCGCGACUAUUCUUUCCCUCCUAGAAGUCGAUCAUCCAGCCGGUCGGAUAUUGGUAGAACUCGCGCAACAGCAAGAUAAGGAAGUUGGCGAUGGAACCACCUCAGUAGUCAUCAUCGCGGCAGAGCUACUCAAGAGGGCAAACGACCUGAUCAAAAAUAAAAUUCAUCCAACCACCAUCAUCAAUGGUUACCGUCUAGCCUGCAAAGAAGCCAUCAAGCACAUUCAAGAUCAACUAGCCAUCAAGGUCGAUACCCUUGGAAAGGACUGUCUAAUCAACAUUGCUAAGACGAGUAUGUCCAGCAAAAUCAUUGGAUCCGAUGAUGACUUUUUUGCUCAGCUUGCGGUGGAUGCAAUGCUUGCUGUCAAGACCAUUAAUCCUCGUGGUGAGAUCAAAUACCCAGUGAAGGCAGUCAACAUCCUCAAGGCGCAUGGGAAGAGUGCAUUAGAAUCGAUCUACGUCAAGGGUUACGCUUUGAACUGUACCGUCGCAAGUCAAGCUAUGAAGAAAGGUGUCUCGCCAGCCAAAAUCGCUUUGUUGGAUAUGAAUCUGCAAAAAACUCGCAUGCAUCUAGGCGUUCACAUUACUAUCGAUGAUCCUGAGGAGUUAGAGCAGAUCCGACGCCGGGAAUCCGAAAUUACACUUGAGAAAGUUCGAAUGAUUCUCAAAUCAGGAGCGAACGUGAUCUUGACUACUGGUGGUAUCGAUGAUUUGUGUUUGAAAGAAUUUGUCGAAGCUGGUGCGAUGGCAGUCAGGCGAUGCAAGAAGGAAGACUUACGCAGGAUCGCUCGUUGCACUGGGGGUAACCUCGUCAGCUCACUUGCUACCCUGGAUGGAGAUGAAGCUUUCAAUCCUUUGGAUUUGGGAGCUUGUGAGGAGGUCGUCCAAGAGAGGAUCAGUGACGAUGAACUGAUUUUGAUCAAGGGGACAAAACUCCAUAGCUCUGCAUCUGUCAUUCUCAGAGGUGCAAAUGAUUACAUGCUGGAUGAGAUGGAGCGUGCUUUACACGACUCACUAUGCGUUAUUAAAAGGACGCUGGAGAGUGGCAAAGUGGUUCCGGGCGGUGGUGCAGUAGAAGCUGCUUUAAGCAUAUAUCUGGAGAACUUUGCAACAACCUUGGGAUCCCGAGAGCAGCUUGCGAUUGCCGAGUUUGCCGCAUCUAUGCUGGUAAUUCCCAAGACACUCGCCACAAAUGCAGCGAAAGACUCGACAGACCUUGUUGCCAAGCUUCGGGCGUUCCACAACCUGUCUCAAACUUGCCCGAAGGGAGACCCGAAAAAGCAGUUGAAGUAUUUCGGACUGAAUUUGUAUGAAGGCAAAGUGGUUGACAAUGUCAAGUUGGGUGUCAUUGAGCCGAUGAUGAGCAAAAUUAGGAUGCUCAAAAGUGCUUUGGAGGCUUGCACUGCUCUAUUAAGGAUUGAUGACCGAAUUGUAGUUCCAAAGGAAGAACGAGGUGGGGGUGAUCCUCAUGACGAUUGCUAAACCAGACAUUAUUUCCAAUUAUGUUCGAACAAAAAAAAAUGAGACCAAGAAAACAAGGAUGUAUUACCUUAUCGUAUGCUGGACUAACAUGAUUAUAUUACACAUGAUAGAUCUACCUCCCACAUCCCUCAUCAGCCUCAACCAGAGACGUCGUGAAGAUAUUUUCAAGCUGCGCAGUUUGUCGAGCGGUCCUUUCAUAAUACAUCAUUCCGCAUUUCUGAUGAGCUUAGUUAUUUAUACUGCUGAUCUACCAAUACUAGAAUGUGCGGAUGGCUCAGCCGUGCAGCUGCAUUGGGCUUGUACAAUUGCCUGAAACCAGAGUGUCUGAAACUACCUGGAAGGGUGUCAUUUUUGCGCGACAUCAGCCUUAUAACGGCGAGGCCAGCCUUGCGAGAUGUGCCAUGGGAAU